CAAUUGACAUUGACCACAGCUACAUAUUGUUAAUCUGUGACCACAUUGACAUUUUACCCAACGUAUGAGCGAAAAGUAAAAAGCUCCGAAUUUUGUUUGUAAACGUUUUUGUAGGAUAUUAAAUAAACUCUUUAGUUAUAAUAGUAUAUAUGAAUUUUAACGAAAGUACUUAUAUGAAUAAUGGCAGGAUUAUUACUGAGCCCUACAGAAAAAGUUUUUAUACUACACGGUAUUCAGGUUAGAAAAGCAUCCUUAUUUAUUUAAUCAGAAUAUUUUUAUAACUGAAACUGGACCUACAUUCUUUUCAAUAUGAAGAAACUAUGAACGUAACACUCAACGAAAUUGAUUUUAAAAACUUUUGUGUAACUUUCAGGAUGACUAUAGGUCAGACGGAAGAUCAAAUAUAGACUACAGACCUAUGGAAUUGGAAACAGACGUUGUUAGUCAUGCUAGUGGUUCUGCAAGACUGAGACUUGCAAAUACAGAUAUACUUGUGGGCGUCAAAACAGAAAUAGAUAUACCAAAACCUGAUAAACCUGAUUCUGGAAAAAUUGAAUUCUUUGUUGACUGCUCGGCAAAUGCUACUCCUGAAUUUGAGGGCAGAGGUGGUGAACAGCUAGCAAAUAGCAUAUCAAAUAUGAUGCAGAAAGCAUAUCAUUCUGCAGAGGCUUUCAAUCUAAAACAACUAUGUAUAUUUGAAGGGAAACAGUGUUGGAAAUUAUACAUUGAUAUCUUGAUUUUAGAAUGUGGAGGCAAUCUGUGUGAUGCUGUGUCAUUAGCUGUUAAGGCUGCUUUAUUCAAUACAAGAAUACCAUUUGUGAAAGCUGCUCUAAUGGAUGGAGGCAACAUAGACUUACAACUAUCAGAUGAUCCAUUUGAUAGCAAACUCCUAGAUGUUGGCACUGCACCACUUCUGGUUACACUGUGUAAAAUAGGUGAUAAAUGUGUUGUAGACCCUUCUGCAGAAGAAGAGAAUUGCAGUGUAAUAUCUCUGAUUGUGGGUGUGACUGGCAACAAAAGGCAUUAUUAUCCUAAUCAUACAGACAAACAGUGUACUGAAAGCAAGUGUACAACAAUAGGUAUGAAUGGUCCAGGUAGUGUUGUAUCAAAAACACUAAAAGAUGCCAUCAAACAGGGCAUAGUUGCAGCAAAGUCUCUCGACGAGGCCCUGGGUCAAGCACUUUUAAAAGAGCGACAGCAAAACAUCGGCAUGAAAAAGCAUUCAUAUGGAUUUUUAAAAUAAACUGAUUUAUAAAAUAUAAAUAUAUCAUUAUUUUCAAAACAUACUAUGACCCUCCUUAUUAAAAAAGUAGAAUCUAAAACUUUUCACGAAUAGGUAGAUACUAUGAAAAUCAU